AAACAAAAAAAUUGCAAUGUGGUGAAGUGCGUAUUAAAUAUUACGACAAAUUAUUUAAUUUAUAUAAGCAUAAAUACGCUUUACGAACGGGAUAUUAAACAGAUGCAAGGUUUCAAAAUUGUAAUCUCUGAUAAUUCUUGUGGAUAUUUCUUAAUACGAGUUUGUUCAUGUUUUUAUUUUUAUAAAGCUAUAUAUAUGAAGUAAAAUUAUUACGAGUGCGCUGCACUGCAUUUGCAUAUUAAGAUGAGAGCAAGCCACUAAUUAACAUUAGCAUGAAUACUUCUUAUACGCAAAAGUACAUACGUACAUAUACAUGUAUACAUAUGUUUAUAAACAUAUGCACACCGUUUGUUGCAUAUAUACGUAUGUAUGUAUGUAAAGUAGCGUUUGCAUGAACAUUAUAUGCAAUGUCCAUGUGCUCGCCGGCAUUACCGUUCGUCCGUGUGUUCAUACCGGUCGGUGCAGUCACUGGCAUGGAAUUUGAAAGAAACAAGUUUUUCCUCAUCAUUCGCAAAUAGUUUGCAAUGUUUGGAUCGUUGACUGGACAUUCGAGUUCAUCAAAUGAUCAAACGUUGAUCAGCGCACAAGGAGGACUUACGUGGUAUUUGUUCUUUUAGUUAAUUUUGUCAGUUAAACAAACAUUGCGUUUUUAAACACUGAAAUUGCGGAAAAGAAACAUCUGUCAAAGAAACGCCUGAAAAUGAAAAGUACUGCCAUUCUUAAAUUGCACGUCAACGGAUCUACAUCUUCCAAAAAGGAGCAGCCACCGCCAUUAGAAGAGUUUUACAAGCAAAUACCAGAGGACCAAGGAUUUGCACCGCCCGAGAAGUAUCCUCAAAACUCUGUAGAAUCCUCCACAAAACCUGAAUUAGAAGGUACCAUUACCGAAAAUACAAAAGUAGAUACUGCUGCUGUUACAAAUAAAGAAAACGGAACAAUGGUGGCGGAACAAAACGGUUUGAACGAUGGUGCCGACGAACAAAUGUUAAGUGGUGCCGAAGACAACGAGAAAUUGGCCGAUAAGCGUGAAGAAGUGAAGUUUAUCAAAGGAGGGGACCACCAAAAUGGUGAUGCGAAGAUUGACAUUGGUGCUGUCAAUGGAAAGGCUUUCACUGGCAUGACUAAAGAAGAGCUCAUGAAAUACGCCAAUGAUCCAUUUUGGGUACGUUUACGUUGGAUUUUCUUUAUUGGUUUCUGGGCAAUUUGGGCCGGCAUGUUGAUCUGUGCCAUACUUAUAAUUGUUGAUGCUCCAAAAUGUGCCGCACCUGAACCACUGCCGUGGUACAAACGUGGCGUCCUCGCUAAAUUCAAUGCACUCGAAGCUGUAGAUAGCGAUAUUGACAGUGCAAAAGUUGUUGGAGCUUCGGCUGUCAUAUAUGAAUUGCCACCUGCACUAACGUAUUUGGUACAUGAUCCUGCUGUUGAACAAAAACUCAAGGGUAUUGUUGAUAGUUAUAAAAAUGCGGAUAUCAAUGUUAUACUGGACCUAACGCCAAAUUAUGUGCCAAGUAAUUCAACUUUAUUCACUGAAGCCAAAAGUGACAAAUCAAAGCGUUCAGCUUUCAUAUGGAAAGAGGGUUCGCAGAAUAUCAGCAAUUGGCGUUCACUCCAAAAUACGUCAGCUUGGGAUGAAGUUGAAGUAGGCAACUACGUACUCUCACAAUUCGGUGCAGGUCUUUAUGAUUUGAAAAUGAAUGACGUCAACGUUAAGAAUGAAUUCGAAGGAGUUUUAAAACAUUUGCUGGCUUUGGGUAUUAAAGGAUUCCGUUUAAAGAAUACCAAAUUCUUUUUACUCUCUGACAAGACACCUGAUGAGGUUGUGUCUUCGGAUGGCAAUUUCGGCCACACUGACUAUGGAUUUUGGACACAUACUCACAGCACUUUCCAAGAAGGUCUGGGCGAUUUGUUGUAUGAGUAUAAAAUGUUCGUAAAGAACAUCUCUGCAGAUGCUUUCUUAUCAGUGGCAGAUGAUAUUUUACGUCCAGAGGUUUACCAUACUAAGAAUGGUGAAUGGGGUGUGGAUUUACCGAUAUAUGGUCCACUUGUCCACACUUUGCGUACAGGUUCAAGUGUUGCAAAACUUCGAAGUGAAUUCGAAAAUAUUUUAAAUGCUGUGGGCAAUGACACAUGGCUGCAGUGGAACUUUGCAGAGCAAUCACCAGUUGCUAGUCUGAAAAGCGAUCCUUCAGCAAUUGCAUUAUUUGUGUCAUUAUUGCCAGGAGUACCAGUUGUGCCAAUGACAAACACAUCACUUUUUAAGGAUUUGAAUCCAGAAGUUUUUGCUGAAAUAAAGCAAUUGCGAUUGUCACCAUCUUAUAUGCAUGGAGAAUAUAAUGUUUUUCCUUUAGAAGGACUAUUUGCUUAUUCCAGGCAAAGAAUAAAAUCUGGUAAUCCUGGUUACUUCGUAGCUUUCAAUCCAUCAAAUACUACUGUAAAAGGCGAAUUCAUCUACCCGUCAUUACCAGACAAAAUGUCAGUGUAUGCACUUAGUGAGAACUAUAAUAUAUCGGGCAUUACUGUCAAAUCUAAAGUUCAAACAAAUUCUGUAGAGGUCUCCCCUGAAGCUACAAUAAUACUCACUUAUGUACCUGUAACAUCAGGUUAAAUUUAUAAGGGAUGCAAAAUCCUUAAUUUCACAUAUAUUUAAAUGAAUGUGACAAUAUUAUAAAAAAAAGAAAAUGUUCUGUGUAUUAAUAUUGCUGAAAGUUAAUCACGUUAUGCAUAAAGUAAAAUGUUACCGCUUUACAUAAAUAAAUAAAAUAUUUUUUUCAAAGUUGAAAAACGAUAUAUAUAAAUAUAAUAUUAAAGGCAUUGCAAAAAG